GCAUAGAAUAUUAAUUAGUGAAUGUCUUCACUCCACGCUGCCGGUCAAUGUGUGCUGCAAAUAAAAUGGACAAGUGGGACCACGCAUAGUGUAAUUGUUGUCGCAAUGCAUUUUGCAACAAUAUUUUGUACAUUUUGCAAUAAGAUAAAUGGCACCAUUAAAUACAGAGGUUUCACGUAAUCAAUUGAUUUUUAUUAUAUUCAGUUUAAAUCGGUACGCUGCAAGUAGCAGUAUAAUAUAGCAGAAAAUGCAAAAAUUCCAAGCAAUUAGUGUGAUAUCAUUUGUGGCGUGCUUGCUACUUUUGCAACAACAAAGCUCACAAGCUCUGCUGCAUGACAUUCUGGAUAUAGUCGAUUUACAAAAUGUGGACUUGAGAAACUAUGAAUACUUUCGGAAUUUACCGUCGCAGAAUCCAAAAACAGCUGGACAGGCAAAUCUCUUUCUAGAACACUUCCAGAAGAAGAAGGCCGUCCUGGAUUAUGUAGAGCAUUUAUUUCUAGGCACAUCGCCAUUCACACAGAAAAGUGAGAUACCGUUUAAUCCACAUUUUGGGCGUGCAUGGCGUCCAUAUUUCGAACGUCGCUAUGGCAAACAUGGUGUGAAUUUAGUAGAUAUGUUAGGUCGUGGAUAUACAUUGCAACAACUGAGGCAGCAAGGUGCAAUUCCAAACGAUUUUGGCACACCAUAUUACCCCACGCGCUAA